AAUAUAAUUUAAUUUGGAUUUUUCAUUUGAUUUCAUUUAUUUUUUUAAAUUUCUUGAUAUUUUAUUUUGCUCACCGGAAGUAUCGAUGUCUCGGUGAUCAGGCAGCAUCAGUCGAACCAGAAGCACCGAGCGGCUCCAAAACAAAUACAUUACGGAGCCUCGGUGCAGAACCGACGAUACCGGAGCGGCGAAGAGGCGCCUUGCCGGUAGCAGGUCGGUCUGCAGCUAACGGAGUGACGUCACCAGGUGAGCUUUAAGAGAUGCUGCAGCUCCCCCUGGUGGUCACGGCCCAGCUGGACCUGGUCCUGCUGCUGCUCUCUCUGCUAGCAGCCUGGACCAGACUGAACCACCUCAGCUACCCCAACAAUGUGGUGUUUGAUGAGGUGUAUUACGGUCAGUUCGUGUCUCUCUACAUGAAGAGAGUUUUCUUCGUGGACGACAGCGGGCCGCCGCUCGGUCACAUGAUCCUGGCGCUCGGAGGGUACCUGGGAGGAUUCGAUGGGAACUUUGUGUGGAACAGAAUUGGAGCAGAGUACCCGGGCGGGGUGAGCGUGUGGAGUCUGCGGCUGCUCCCGGCUCUGUGCGGCGCUCUCUGUGUGCCGCUGGUUUACCUGCUGACUCUGGAGCUCCGAUUCUCUCACCUGUCGGCGCUCGGAGCCGCCGUGCUGCUGCUGCUGGAGAACUCUCUGAUCGUUCAGUCUCGAUUCAUGCUGCUGGAGUCCAUCCUCAUCUUCUUCGUGUUGUUGGCGUUCUUCUCCUACCUGAGGUUCCACAACACACCCCACAGCUGGUUCCGGUACUUCUGGCUGUUUCUCUCUGGAGCCUCCUGUUCGGCUGCUGUCGGGGUGAAGUAUAUGGGCGUGUUCUCCUACCUGCUGCUGCUGGGCGUGGCCUCUCUGCACACCUGGAAGCUGAUUGGAGAUCGAACUGUCAGUCAUCUGAGUGUGUGUGUGCAGUGUGUGUGUCGUGUUGUGUGUCUGUUGGUGGUUCCUGUUCUUCUCUACGUGUUCUGGUUCUACGUCCACCUGACCCUCCUGCACCGCAGCGGACCACAUGACCAGCUGAUGAGCUCCGCCUUCCAGGCCAGUCUGGAGGGCGGGCUCUCCAGGAUCACUAAGGGUCAGCCUCUGGAAGUCGCUUACGGCAGUCAGGUGACUUUAAGAAGCUCUGCCUCCCAGCCAAUCCCCUGCUGGCUCCACUCGCACAAAGCCAACUACCCAAUCAGGUAUGAAAAUGGGCGGGGCAGCUCUCACCAGCAGCAGGUCACAUGUUACCCUUUCAAAGAUGUCAACAACUGGUGGAUCAUCAAAGACCCUGGCAGACAGGAGCUGGUGGUCAGCAGUCCCCCUCGACCUGUCCGUCACGGUGAUGUAAUCCAGCUGGUUCAUGGGAUGACCUCACGCUUCCUCAACAGUCAUGAUGUGGCAGCUCCCAUGAGCCCUCACUCUCAGGAGGUGUCGGGUUACAUCGACUUCAACGUCUCGAUGGCGGCUCAGAACCUGUGGAGGGUGGACAUCUCUAACAGGGAGGCGGACUCAGAGUCCUGGAAGACCAUCCUGUCUGAGGUCCGACUAGUCCACGUCAACACCACCGCCAUGCUCAAGCUGAGCGGUGUGUCUCUUCCGGACUGGGGUUUCCGUCAGCUGGAGGUCGUGGCAGAGAAGCUGUUUAAAGCUCACGGCAGCAGUCUGGGCUGGACGGUGGAGGAGCACCGAUACGGAACCAGUCAGGAGCAGAAGGAGCGGGAGGUAGAGCUUCACUCUCCAACUCACAUCGACGUGGACAGGAAGAUUUCCUUCUGGUCAAAGUUUUUGGAGCUUCAGUGGAAGAUGCUAACGGUGAAACAGGAGGACUCUGAGCACAAAUAUAGCUCCGCCCCCCUUGAGUGGAUCACCAUGGAAACCAACAUCGCAUACUGGCUGCACUCGUCCACCAACGCUCAGAUCCAUCUGAUUGGUAACCCUGUGUCGUGGGGCGUGGCUAACCUCAGCCUGCUGGCCUAUCAGCUGCUAGCUGCUGUCUACAUGCUGAGGAGGAGGCGGGGCUUCAAAGACCUCCCUGAUGCUGUGUGGUGUCAGUUUGUGUGUCUGGGGUGUGUGUGUGUUGGUGGUUGGUUGGUGAACUUCGUCCCGUUCCUCCUGAUGGAGAAGACUCUGUUCCUCUAUCACUACCUGCCCGCCCUCUGCUACCUGCACCUGCUGAGCCCCGCCCUGCUGGAGCACACACACACUCACCUGCUCAGCAGGGGAACACACCGGCGUGCUCUGGAUGUGUGCGUGGCAGUUGUCCUGCUCUUCAUCUUCUUGUCCUAUCGAACCCUUUGUCCUCUGACCUACGGACGCCCCGAGCUCUCGGCCAAUCAGCUGCAAGAACUCAAGUGGAGAGACUCCUGGGACAUUCUGUACCGCCGCCGCUAGAGAGCCAGACAGGCAUACAGACAGACAGACAGGGAGACAGACAGGCAGGGUUCUCUGAGGGACGGGAUGCUCCUGGUCCUGGUUCUUGUCCUGGUCCUGGUCCUGGUCCUCUGAAGUCUCUGGACUGACUCAUUCAUCCAGGUGUGACAGUGAUGUCAUACUGGAGGCGGAACAGAUUAAAACAGCACAUUGUUUCCCAGAAUGCAUUACACGGAGAACAGGCAGGAGGUGUGACAUCAUCACACGCAUCACUUCCUGCAGCCUCAGUAACAAGAUGAAGUCUAAAUGUGUAAAAUCUGAGUCACAAACUGGAAAUAAACACAUUUAAAAUAAAAAGGGUUUGUUGAAUCUGGAUCCAGCACACUCUGGGUCCUGGUCCUGUCCUGGUCUUGGUUUCUGAUUAUUUUUAUUAUUUACAUAUUUGUUUAUUUAAGACAGGUGAAAUAAAAUAAACAAAUUGUUACAGAGAGAAAAUGAAA